AUGGUGGACUACUACGAGGUGCUGGGCGUGCCCCGCCAGGCCUCGGCCGAGGCCAUCAAGAAGGCGUACCGGAAGCUGGCGCUCAAGUGGCACCCCGACAAGAACCCCGAGAACAAGGAGGACGCGGAGAGGAGGUUCAAGCAAGUGGCCGAGGCCUACGAGGUGCUGUCGGACGCCAAGAAGCGGGACGUCUACGACAGAUACGGCACCGCCCGAGUGGAUGGUUGCGGUGGCGGGCCCUUCGAGGACCCCUUCGACUACAUCUUCACCUUCCGAGACCCCGCCGAGGUCUUCAGGGAGUUUUUCGGUGGCAGGGACCCGUUUUCGUUUGACUUCUUCGGAGACCCACUUGAGAACCUUUUCGGGGGUCGGAGAAGCUCCCUGGGAAGCCGAAGCCGAGGGUCCGCUUCCCUUUUCUCCGCCUUCAGUGAAUUCCCAACUUUUGGGGGUGGCUUUUCUUCUUUUGAUACAGGACUGAAUUCCUUGGGGUCCAUGGGAGGUGGGGGCCUCUCCUCCUUCUCCAUGUCCUGUGGUAGCGGCGGGACCAGCACCUUCAAAUCCGUGUCCACUUCCACUGAGAUACUGAAUGGCAAGAAGGUCACCACCAAGAGAAUCGUGGAGAAUGGCCAAGAAAGGAUAGAAGUGGAAGAAGACGGACAGUUAAAGUCCCUGAUAAUAAAUGGCAAGGAGCAGUUACUGCACAUUGACGCCCAAUAA